AUGGCGGAUUCAUCAUCAACAGUACCAUUGUUGACCCGGAUUGAAGAUGAAGACACUUCUCCGCCUUUGAAUUUCGACAAGAUCUUCGAACAGAGCUUGUCUGGUUUCGGGCUCUCACAGUUCUUACAGAUAAUUCUUGUCGGGCUUGCCUUAACCUUCGAUUCGCAUCAGAUAUUCAUUACCGUCUUCACAGAUGCUUAUCCCACAUGGCACUGUCUCGACGACUCGAUAUGCAAUGCCGCAACCUCCGACAUCUGUGAGAUUCCCCGGUCAGCCUGGGAUUGGGACGGCGGAUUCAAGGGUAAAUCCGUCAUUUCAGAGUUUGAUCUCGAGUGUUCGAGCUCCUUCCUUAGAGGUCUCCCCACAGCUACUUUUUAUGUGGGGUCUAUCGUUGGAGGGGUUUUCAUGGCUGCAAUCCCAGAUGGUUUCUUGGGACGGAAGCAACUUCUUUUCUUCACCACUUUAGCAAUGUCACUCACUGGAAUCUCAAUUUUCUUCUCCUCCAGCAUAUGGAUCUACGCUUUGUUAAAGUUCGUUAUCGGAUUCGCGCGUUCCCAGACCGGGACGUACGCGUUCAAUCUGAUCAGCGAGCGAGUUUCCACCAAAUGGAGACCGCGAGCUACUAUGAUUCCGUUUACUCUGUUUGUGUUAGGGCUCAUGUCGCUGUCUGGAAUCGCCUACCUUGUUAGACACGCUUCUUGGAGAGUUCUCUAUCUAUGCACAUCCGUUCCAGCAGCCAUCCACAGUAUUUUCCUCUAUUUCUUCGCCUUGGAGUCUCCUCGUUGGCUCCAUUUGCAAGGGAAGAACGAAGAAGCCAUUGAAGUGCUCAAAAGAAUUUCACCUGCAAACAGAGGCUACUUGGAAUCAAUAUCUUCUAGGUUACCUCCAAAAGAAACGCUAGAACAAGCUCCUAGCAGCUCAAUCGAGGACUUGUUCAUCCGAAAGUGGGCUUUUCGAAGAAUCGUAGUCGUAAUGAUCAUAAUGUUCGGGAUGGGAAUGAUGUAUUACGGAGUUCCAUUAGCAGUCAGAGACAUAAAAGUGAACAUCUACUUGAGCGAAACCCUAAACGCAAUGGUGGAGUUACCGACGUUUGUUAUCACACCAAUCUUGCUGGAGAAAUUCAACAGAAGAAGCUCUGUGCUUGUGAAUUGCCAAGUCGGAGGAGCAUUAGGAAUGCUCUGUUUCGUCCUGACCCAUUUCGGGAAAACGAACAUCGCUUUUGCCCUAGAACUCGGUUCUUUCUUCUGCGCUAGGAUCGGAUUUAACUUAAUGGCAGUUUAUAUGAUUGAGAUGUUCCCAACAUGCGUGAGGAAUUUUGCGACGACUAUGCUAAGGCAAGCGCUUGUAGUUGGAGGAGCUUGUUGUCCAAUCAUUGCUUCGAUUGGAAGAAAUGUUCCGUCCCUCUCCUUUGCGGUUUUCGGGUUUACAGUGUCGGGUCUCGGGUUAUUCGCUUUGCUUCUUCCUGAGACUAAAGGGUCAAGUCUUUGUGAUACAAUGGAAGAACAAGAGCAGAGUGACCAAGCCUUGAAGAAUGAAGACUAG